CUUUGGAGAAUAGCUUGACUCCCUCUUCUUUGGGGCAGCCCCUGAGAUACUGGAAGACUGCUAUCAUGUCCCCCCUCAUCCUUUUGAAGCAGAUAUUCCUAACUUUGAAUCCAUCGCUCACUUUUGUUUUAACGUCUGCAGAAAUAAACCCCCCAAAAAGUUUUUUUUUAAAGAAAAACAGGACCGUUUCUUUUGCAUCCCAAUUCCUCUGUGUUGUUGCACAGAAUGCCUUCAUACACACACACCCCCCAUCCUAAAUUUGUCCUAUCCACCGAUGAACUAUUUGCAUAUGAUUGCAGAAAGUGUGUUUUUCCGGGAAACCGGGAAAGCUGUUUCAUUAACACCUCCCUCAUUCUUUCAACAGCAUGAGCGACUCUCGUCCCCAGAACUCGCUCCGUACUUCGGCACGCAGCGCAAGGACGUUUAGAACCCUGUUGGGAAAUUUAUUAAAUUUGGACAGAAUUUUGUUUCUCCUGCUCAGAAUUGGGCGAGCAAGAACUUCCUUCUUCGCCUCUUGUUUUUAAAGAAAAUUUGGGUCAGAAUCCACAGCGCUGUUGUCUUUUUUUUAAGCGGGACAGAGAUUUGUCCGACAGAGGCAGCCCACUCAGGGAAAACAACAAAAUAAGAUAAAAUAAAAACGGUCUGAGUUUCCUACAGCGGCAGGGCCUCUAAUGCACACACGAGCACAAACACACACACAGACACACAACCUUUAAAUCUCUCCACCGGAUAAAACAGAAGCAAGCGAUGGCUUGGGGAUUAACCAGAUUUAAGCUGCAGGCGAACAGGAAUUGCUGGCGGUGAGCUUGGGAUAGCUUUUUUUUCCCUCUCCUCCCAUCCUCCUCUGGACUGGACGAAUUUUCCGGGUAAGCACUUCUACAACAGCCCCUUUUGGAAAAGGAAAGGCAGGAAGAAGGCUUGGCUUGGUUCUGAACACGUGAAUUGGGCUCUCUAGCCUCUCCAGGACACGCAGAAAAACAAGAUCUGGAUCAAAGGCGGGAUUAAGCAGGAACCCAGAUGCAUCCCAAGCGGUGCCCAUCACCGUCUGUGGCCACCGCCGUGCCAAGGCCGGAGGGCUUCCUUCUGCACUGCCCAUCCCAACUUCUCCGCAAACUGGCAUCGGAAGCUCAUCAGGGUUUCAAGUCAGAUGUGGCGGGGAUGGGCGCUCCCCAGCACUAGCCAGCGCUGUCGAGGACAGACAGCUGUCACUCACAAAGAACACAUCUAAUAACCCUCCAGAUAAGGCAGGAGAAGAAAUGGGAGGACGAGAGCCAUGGAGCUGCCCUUUCUCACCUUUCUCCAACUGUGGCUAGUUCCUGGGGAGAAUGGAGGAUGAGACACUGCAAGCAAGAAAAAAGAAAAGAAGAUAUAUGUAGAUAUAUAUUUAAUUUUGUGGCUGGUUGCUUUUUUAAUUCCUCAAAGCCGUAGGCUGGGGACUAAUCCAGGUUUGCCUCGUCGCCUCCAAGACGGACAGGAAUGAACUCCCGAGCAAACUUGGCUGGAAUGGCGUCCGGUUCUUCUUUUUUGUUCAAAAAAGGAAAAAAGGACAAUUAGAGGUUGAGUCGGAGAAGGCUCAGUUCUGUUUUGCUCCUGAAGAUCCGUGGGACUUGUGGAGCUUUGGACCCAAGGCAGGAGUCUUCUGGCAUGGAUCAAUCCUUGCCUUCUCUGCUCCAAAGCAAACUUUUGGUUGCCCGCCUGGUGGAAGAGUUUUUCUGGGUUGGGGGCAGCGUUGUGGCGGCGCCCAAAUGGAAGAUGUUUGGAAUUGUGGAAAAAUGCAUGAGCUCCAUGCAAGCUGGCACUCAGAUGAUCAAACUCCGAGGCAGCUCCAAAGGCCUCGUUCGAUUCUACUACCUGGACGAACACAAGUCGUGCAUUCGCUGGAGGCCCUCGCGAAAGAACGAAAAAGCGAAAAUCUCCAUAGAUUCCAUCCAGGAAGUGUGCGAAGGCAAGCGGUCGGAGAUCUUCCAGCGCUACGCCGACGGCAGCUUCGACCCCAACUGCUGCUUCACCAUCUACUAUGGGGACCACAUGGAGUCCCUGGACUUGGUGUCCUCCAACGGGGAGGAAGCGCGGAUGUGGAUCACCGGCCUCAAGUACCUCAUCGCCGGGAUAAGCGAUGAAGACAGCCUCUCCAAAAGGCAGAGGACGCGAGACCAGUGGUUGAAGCAAACCUUUGACGAGGCGGAUAAAAACGGCGAUGGCAGCCUGAGCAUUAACGAAGUCCUCCAGCUGAUGCACAAGCUGAACGUCAACCUCCCCCGUCAGAAAGUGAAACAGAUGUUCAAGGAGGCUGAUACGGAUGACAACCAGGGCACCCUGGACUUUGAGGAAUUCUGCGCUUUCUACAAGGUGAUGUCCACCCGGCGCGACCUGUACCUCCUCAUGCUCACCUACAGCAACCACAAGGACUUCCUAGAUGCCGAGGACCUCAAGCGCUUUCUGGAGACCGAGCAAAAGAUGAGCAACGUCACCAAGGAGCACUGCUUGGAAAUUAUCCAUCAGUUUGAACCUUGUCCGGAAAACAGGCUGCAAGGAGCGCUGGGGAUUGACGGGUUCACCUCUUACAUGCGCAGCCCCGCUGGGGACGUCUUCAACCCCGAACACUACCAGGUCAACCAAGACAUGACUCGUCCUCUGAGUCACUACUUCAUCACCUCGUCUCAUAACACCUACCUCAUGGGGGACCAGCUGAUGUCCCAGUCCAGAGUGGACAUGUACGCCUGGGUCCUGCAGUCCGGGUGCCGGUGUGUGGAAGUUGACUGCUGGGACGGUCCAGAGGGCGAGCCUAUAGUCCACCAUGGCUACACCUUGACCUCCAAGAUCCUUUUCAAAGAUGUGAUUGAGACCAUCAACAAGUACGCCUUCAUCAAAAGCGAGUACCCCAUCAUUUUAUCCAUCGAAAACCACUGCAGUGUUACCCAGCAGAAAAAAAUGGCCCAGUACCUGGUGGAAAUUUUGGGGGACAAACUGGACUUGUCUACCGUCGACAACGAGGACCCCAAUGAGCUGCCUUCCCCGGAGAGCCUCAAAGGGAAAAUCUUGGUUAAGGGGAAAAAGCUUCCGGCCAACAUUAGCGAUGACGCCGAAGAGGGCGAAGUAUCCGAUGAGGACAGCGCGGACGAGAUGGACGAUGACUGUAAGCUGAUGAACGGGGAUGCUUCUUCUAAUCGGAAACGGGUCGAAAACUUUGCCAAGAAGAAGCUGGAUUCUCUGAUCAAGGAAUCUCAAAUCCGGGACUGCGAAGACCAGAAUAAUUUUGCCGUCACCACCUUAUCGUCCUCGGGGAAACUGAGGAACAAGCAGGAUCUUAAGAAGAACAAGCACGGGGAGAUCCUGGAACCUGGCGAAGACGGGAUCCUCAGCAAACGUCAGAACCGAUCCCUGAUGGGAAGCUUGACCAAACGCAAGAAAAAAUCCAGCAAGCUGAAAAGGACCCCAAGUUUGGAAGAUGGAGAGGACGACCUUGAAUGCCAAAGAAACUUAACUAGAACUUCUGUCCUUUAUAGCAAAACAAAUCGGCAGAAGAAAACAAUGAAACUGUCCCGGGCGCUCUCGGAUCUGGUGAAGUACACGCGAUCUGUGGGAAGCCACGAUGUGGAAUCGGAAAUCUCUUCCAGCUGGCAGGUGUCCUCCUUCAGCGAAACGAAAGCUCACCAAAUCCUCCAGCAAAAACCAGCCCAGUAUCUCCUCUUCAACCAGCACCAGCUCUCCCGGAUCUAUCCUUCUUCCUACCGGGUGGAUUCCAGCAAUUACAACCCUCAGCCCUUCUGGAAUGCCGGCUGCCAGUUGGUGGCGCUGAACUACCAAUCCGAAGGGAGAAUGCUGCAGCUCAACCGCGCCAAGUUUGGCGCCAACGGGAAUUGCGGCUACGUCCUCAAGCCCAGGUGUAUGUGUCAAGGGAUCUUCAACCCCAAUUCCGAAGAUCCUCUGGCUGGCCUGAUGAAAAAGCAACUGGUCCUGAGGGUCAUCAGUGGACAGCAGCUCCCGAAGCCGCGUGAUUCCAUGCUUGGAGACCGAGGCGAGAUCAUAGAUCCGUUCGUGGAAGUCGAAGUGAUCGGCUUGCCCAUGGAUUGUUGCAAAGAGCAGACCAGGGUUGUGGACGACAACGGUUUCAAUCCGAUGUGGGAAGAAACUUUGGUUUUCAACAUUGGCAUGCCAGAGCUGGCCCUGGUGCGUUUCCUGGUCUGGGACCACGAUCCCAUCGGGAGGGAUUUUAUCGGUCAGAGAACGAUUGCGUUUACGUCCAUGAUGCCAGGCUAUCGGCAUGUCUACCUAGAAGGUAUGGAGGAAGCUUCCGUCUUCGUUCACAUAGCCGUCAACGACAUAUGUGGUAAGGUCAAGCAAGCGCUGGGCUUAAAAAGUCUCUUUCUCAGAAGUCCAAAGCAAGCCUCGCUCGACAGCCAUGUUGCUGGUCAGCUCAACCGCAAACAUUCCUUUAGCAGCCAGCUCCUACGGCGGACGGCCAGCGCACCCACCAAGAGCUUGAAAAAGCCCAAGAUCGCUCUGGAUGCCAGAGACAGCGGUUCGGAAAGGGCCAGCAAGGACCCCGCCCUGGAAGACACCUCCCACCCUCGCUUUGACCAAGAGUCCGACUGCCCGUCCCCCGCGCCCUCUCCUUCCCCGGAGGGGGUCAGCCGCCAGGAAGCGGAGCCCGAGGAACCCAGAGGUAAGGCUCGCAGUUUGGGCAGAGAGCAGCGCAGCCACGGCCAGGGCUUCCAGGACGCCACCUUCAGCGAGCCCAUCAGGAGAUCCAACCGGGUCUGCCUCCAGGAGAAGCCAGCCAACGAGAAACAGGGCCUCUUCACCCGCUGCGCCGGCAACCAACCGGGUAGGGUCAGCGUGGCCACCUACUGCAUGAAGUGCGUGGUGGGCUCCCACGAGGGCCCCGACGUGGAGGGCCAGUGGAGCGAGCCCAGCGGCGCUCAGCCAGCCGCUGGCGAGGCUCCGCACUGUGGCUGCUGUGGCGUACUGGCCGGCGAGGAGCGGGUGGAGCUCAAACCUGGGGGGAUCCGGGAACAGCCCCGAGCGCGCUCCGAUCUGCACCUGUGCACCAGCUACGGGGCCACCAGGAGCCUGCCCAGCCCCUGCCAGCCCUUUGGGACCUCAGGGAAGAAAAAGGGGGAUUCCGCGUGUCUCGGGGCCAAGGACCGGUCCUGGCACCGGUGGCGCCCUCCGCCUGGCAGCAAAUACCGGAGUACCGUCAACCUGGUGGGUUCCAACAAUGGGUCGGUGUCCUCCAGCUCCGGCAGCUCGGAGAGCCUGGAAAGUCCCAGUUUCUCCAAAGGCUGGCCGGAGAGCGCCCGCAAGCCGGCAGGCACCCUUCAGAGGGAAAUGAAUGCCUUGUUUUCUGAAAAAAUGGAGGAAAUUCGCAGUAAAUCCCCUAUAUUCUUUACUGAUGUCCACCAGUUCUCCAGGCACAGGUCGGUCCCUUCCUUACGCAACCUGCAGACCAUCCACGAGGAGCCUUCCGGCUUCUGCUUCCCUCUGCCCGCCCACCUUGUCAGGGAUCCCAAAGAGGAAUCUGUGCCUCAUCCUUCCCAAGAAGCUAUCCCAGAUGGAAGGGACCAGCUGAAGAGAACUUCCCCUGUGCAGCCUGCAUUUUUGGAGAAGACGCUUCUCGCUCCUAGAGUCUCGGACGAGGAAGAAAGGAUGGGAAGCACCCAAGAAGGAGGGGGCUGGGAAAGAGCUCCUUGCAACGGAGGCCUUCUCCCUUCACAACUUCAGCGCAACUUAGUGUCCGACAAUCGUUGGCUCCAUCCGGCUGGAAACGGCCAGAAGACGGUUAGGUUGGUUCAACAUGAGAUGAACAGAGCUGGACCACCACACCAAAACGAGCGGGGAAACAGCGCCACGCCAACUCCACUUCGCACAACCUCCCGAGGAACUAUCGGAGUCCCCACGCCUCAGACGGUCGCCAGGAGAUCAAAGAAUGAAGGAUAUAAAGUGGGCGACCGUGUAGUCUCCUUGAAGCAUCCUGAUAAAGGUUCUCCUGCAGCGGAAGUCUACUGGGAUGCCACGGUCAACGACCGGAUCUGGAGCAAGCUUGACUUCAGCGCCCACAGGGACAGCAUGUCCUCUUCCUCCAGCAUGUCCUCUAACGAUACCGUCAUAGACCUCUCCUUGCCCAGCCUGGCCCGGAAAAGCCUCCCUGACCUCGGUGCUCCUAAGACCUUUGAGGUCCACCCCGACCGAAGAAUCGCCAGGCCGUGGUCGGCCAACCCCGCCUCCGGGCGCGAAGCCCCCAUGGUGACCAAGAGCAAAUCUAACCCCAACUUGAGGUCCGAUCAACCCGUGGAGGACGACUUGCGCCCGAGGCCGCUGGGAUUCUCUUCCGUCUCCCGAAGACACACCUGGAACCGGCUGUACGUGGAGAGCCUCAAGCGGCCCGGCCCAAAGUCCAAAGGGCAGAAGAGCCCCGAUUCCAACCACGGGAAGUCCAAAAGCCUGGGAGAUCUCACCUCGGACGACAUCACGCCCACCUUGGAGAGCAAGUACCGCAGCAUCCGCCGCAGCUUUGCCACCCGCCCGGUGAGGGCCUCCAAGGCUUCGGGAAGGCCCGCGGAUGAGCUGACGGAGCGCCUGAGGAAGCUCACCUUCUUCCAGCAGGAGAACGACAUCACUUCGCCCACCUGCCCGGAACCCGCCAAGGCUGAGAAGGAGGAGGAAGAAGAAGAAGAGGAAGAGGCCGUCCUGAUCCGAAGGUCUUCGUCCCGGAGCCAGAGCAGGGUGAGGUACAUCGCCAACCGGGCCAGGCAAGCUCAAGAAAGGCAGAAGCUGAGGAGCCUGGCCUUGAGCAAGGGGAGUCCCAUUGAGGAGCGGGGCGUCCCCGAAGGAGCCUGCUGCUUUCCAGGGGGGCCUUACGGGGACCCGGCUUCCCCCGGCUUGUUUACAUCCCAGCUCAAGAACCCAGCGGACUUGAACCCCGACGCCGAAGUCGUCUUUACCUUCAGACUCUGAUGGUGGGAAGGGCUGAACCCAGAAUCGAUGUUUACAUUGCUGUCGGAGCAAAACCAACGACCCCUGUCCCUCCUUUUCUUAAAAAUAUGGAGAUAUAUAUACACAGUAUAUAUGUGCCUAGCUCAGAAGACCCUCGUUGAAUGAGGGAGGACUCUCCUCCUUCUCCUCCUCUUUCUUCUCCUUCUCCUCCUCCUUCUCCUCUUCCUUCUCUUCCUUCUUCUCCUCCUUCUCUUCUUCUCCUUCUCCUCCUCUUCCUUCUCCUUCUUCUCCUUCUC